CCAGAAGGUGACGUAGAGCGCAGUAGACUGUAAAAUGCAGAACUUAUAAUCGGAACUAAUUAGGCGACUUCCGUUCAAUUGUUCAUUCAAACUAAACGCAAAAAAUUAUUUCGCAAAUCAAAUUAACCGCCCACCAUCGAAAGCUUUACGCGGCGUCAACUGAUAAAAGCAAAGCGUUGGGAGCGUUGUUUUGCUAAAGCGCAAGAAGAAGAACAACAACAAUAACAAGAAGGUUAUUCAACUCGCGAGUGCAGCUUAAGUUCAGUUGGUUGGACUAGACCCAGUCGCCCAGAAAGCGUAAACAGAAUGUCUAGUUUGCGGAUAUGUCAGGCCAUGUCCCUCAAUCCCAUAGCCUCUGGACAGGAUUCGGUUUUGGUUUCCGCUCCCAGGACCUGCCUGAUGGGCUGCCAGGAUGUAAAGCCCAAUGAGUUGCGUCGUUUUCCAGUCCAAGAUCCAGAUCGCUGCAAGCACUGGCUGCAACACUUCAACGUCAGCGAUAAACUAGUGGAGAAGCUCGGCGGUCUGCAAAAGCUGCGCAUCUGCUUCAGGCACUUCAGCCAGCGACAGGCGAUGGCUAAGACCCGCAUCAAGAUGACGCCGCUGCGCAAGUCGUCCAAGGCACUGCUGCCCACCAGCAACGGGGCAGCAGGAGGAGGUGGAGGUGGCGAAGUCACAGGAGGGGUCAACGGUGUUGCCAAAACGGUGGUGGAUGGAACCACCAUAGAACUAGUAAAGACUGCAUCCAGAGAUCAGGUCAAGAAGACCAUCACAUUAUCCCUACCACAGCGCUCCCAUUCCAUUUGCUCAUCAGCCUCCAGUGAUGUGCAGUCCAUCAGCUCCGACUACGAGGUGUCUCUGCCCCUGUCCACCCUGGAGGAUGCCCAAAAUGGCUCAAACCGAUUGGAGAAUGGGCAGCCCAAGAAGCGUAAACUCUACUUGAUCACCGAGAAGUCGGAUGAGAGCAGUAACCAUGCCCCAGAGACCAAUGGGCAGGCCAAGAAGCGCAAGAUGUUCGUGGUUGUGGAACAGGAGCGGGAAUCGGAGGCCAAGAAACUAAUGAUUGUGGCCGACAAGUCGCAGGCGAAUCUUACGAAGCACCUGGAGAAGCUUCUGCCGGAGAUACUGCAUCGCAUACAGGACAAGGAACAGAAGCCCAUAAAGCCCACCCCUCCAGCUGCCAGCAAACUCACCCUAAAUCGUCCACACAUCACUUUGCCGCCGAAAAAGAAUCCCACGAACUUUGUGAAGAUAGCCUCGAACCCAGGUCCUACGCCCACAUCUCCCAUUCAGAUGCCACUGCCCAUCCAGAACACAAAGGUGGAGAAAACCGAAAAAGAAGAUGAAGUUCAAAUCAACUCGGAGGAGACCGAAACAAAUAUAAACCUAUCCCCGGACUUCCGUUUUCUGAUGAAGAUCCUUCCUAAAUUGGAGCAACUUCCGGAACCGCACAAGCAAAACGUCAAGCGCUCCAUUCAGAUCUUCAUCGAGAAGAGCUACAGUAUCUAUGGGAAAAAGGACUAACUGUUCAGUAUUUAAAGGAUUAUUUAAUUUCCAUUUUUAAUAUGGUAUAGUUCCCAUAAUAUUCCGGAGGCAGAAAGAGAGAGAAAGCAUACUAUUUUGUAAAAGGCAUUUUUUAAUUUUUUUUUAAGACUGAUGCAGAACCAAUUUAAUUUUUAAGCCGAAGCUGAAGCAGUUUCCGACUUUUAGAUAAGUAAGUUAACACAAAAAUGAUAUUACCCAACGGAGGGGUAUGUUUGGAAAAAGUUAAGCCAUAAAGACCACAGAAUCGUGGAAACAUAAGAUUGAAGUCCUUUCUAUAUUGAAUAUAUGAAAGCUUUUUUUAAGCCCAAAUACAAA